AUGUGGUCUUCAACUUCCUCAUCGCCACAUCAUCAUCAAACCAGCAGCACAUCUACAUUUAAAACAGUGAGCUCUUCAUGUCCUGAUACUGUCUCUCCACCGGCAGCUUCUUCACUUAACAACAACAAGAGGAUUCUCCCAAAAGCCAAUAAAAUUAAACAAUUGGUGGAUUCUCUAUUAGAACAUCAACCUCAUCAACAUUUAUUUAUGGAUAGGGAGUGGAAUGUCAUACAAGAGGAGGAUGAUGCAAAUAUUGCCAAUGUUUUAACAUUGGAAACUGAUUUGGGGUUCAUGCCGUGUCAUAAUUUGGAUGUGGUGAGUGAAAAGUUUGUGCUCAAGAUGCAUUAUCAAUCAAACAUGGAGAUUGAUAAUGGACGAAACCACACGAAAAACUGUUCUUUGAAUGAUUUUGAUAUAUUUGGAGUUGCAUUCACAGUAGGAGAGAUUAGGUUUCAAAAUAAGAAAAUUAGAAUAGCACUUGUUUAUAAGGUUGAGAAUUUUACAUCUAUACCAUCAAGUUUAUUUUCAGUUUUCAAUUCGCUAUUUACUCAACUACAAUUGAAACUUGACAUUCAAUAUUGUAUGUUGAUAGAUGACAGAAACUCGGCGUUUGCAGAUGCAUGUGGAAUGAUACCCUCAAGACACAAUCUUAACAUCAUUUCACUUUUGAGUGGAUUGAGUGUUACACAAAAACAAAAGUUAAAUCCAAGAUCUGUAACCAAUUUUCAAAGUUACAAGAAUUUGAUGGAAAAUAUUUACUCUGGAUGCAAACUUGUGGAUUUAGAAGGAUUGUUUUUCAAUGAAAAGUAUCUUGGUUGCUUCAUUGAGGACAAUGUUGGAGUUUGUUUUCAAGUGUGGAAUUGUGAUAAUUUCCUAGUUGUUUUCAACAUUACAAAUUGUAAUAGUUGUGAAAUUGCCCUUUCAACAGAACAGUUCGACUGUAUUAAUCAAAUUUUGGUAGAGAAAUUCAAUGAUUAUCUUAAUAUCAUGCUGGUUCAUUCAGAGGAAGCAUUGCCAGUUGAGUGUGAUUGUAAAAAGCUUACAUUUUUCAUUAGAGACAAUCAAAAGGUUCAGAAUGCUUAUGGCAUGCAAAAUCCAUCACAAAAGAAGAAUGAUGGAUUUUGGAAUAUGAUAUUUGGUGGGGGAGGCAAUACGAUGGGAUCAUUAUUAGCAAGUAGAGAGUCAUUCAUUGAGUCAUUUCGUAUGAAUUUGUUUAUUGAUCCAAGAGAUUUCAAGUUGUGGAUUUCACACAAGUGGUCGCAAGAUCAGGAUUUAGAUUUUAAUAAUUCAUACACCAUGAGUGAUAUAAGUCGAGGAUCGAGAUUGUAA